UCACAUAAGUAUUUUAAUAUCUCUUCAAUUGAUCCACCGGUGCGCCCGAUCCCACAUCAUGAAGAUCCACCACCUGUCGUCGCCGCUUCUCCUUCUCCUCCUGCCUGCUCUUUCGACCGCGCUCGCGGAUCCAAGCUCGGCCAACAAUAGCGUCAAGGAUACUCCUCUCGCAGAACGUGAAGCCUUGGCCCCGGGUGCCGUCGAACUCGAUGCCGUCACCGCACCCAAGUCCGCCAAAGGGACGCUGGACGCCCCGAUUGACGGUAAGGAUGGCCGGCCGCACGCCGGUCCUUGGGUGGAAACAAGUGCAGAGCGGGAUCGCAAGAAAACAGGUUCCUCCACUUGGUCGGAGGAAAAGUCAAAGUCCGACCCCAAGGCUGCGGAACAGCUGGGCCCCGAUGGAAGUCCAAUUCCUUAUUCCAAUGAUGGCGUGAUGGAUGAUCCCCAUCGGACUGGUCCCAAGGAGGGUACUCGUGGAACAGAGGGUGGCGUGUCGGAAAAGUUGAGGGAGCCAUACUCUAACGAGAAGACUCCGGGCAGUCCGAAGGAGGCUCCGCCGUUGCCGCACAGCGAGUCGCAGAAGCUCCCGGUGUCGGAUGAGGAUUCUGAGGUGAAGGACACCAAGAGCCCGAGCGCCGACUCGAACUUGGGCAAGCUGGAGAAACCCGCCGACUUGCCCGAUAAGCCGCACGACAUCCCCCCUCCGAAAUCGCCCUCCACAGUCAAAGACAGCCCUCUCGGUCUCGACAAGCAUGGCUCUACCCAGCCUGGUGAGUCGCUCGCGGAGGGAACUGCGUUCCAUUCGUUGUUGUUCUCCUUCACCAUGAUCAUCGUCUCGGAGAUCGGCGAUAAAACCUUCUUGGUGGCCGCACUCAUGGCCAUGCGUCACCCGCGUCUGCUCGUCUUCUCUGCCGCGUUCAGCGCUCUGAUUUUCAUGACUGUUCUCUCGGCUGUUCUGGGACAUGCUGUGCCUACUCUGAUCCCCAAGUCCGUGACGAAGCUGUUGGCAGCUGUCUUGUUCCUCGUGUUCGGUCUGAAGAUGCUCAAAGAAGGUCGCGAGAUGUCGCCCGACGAGGGUGUCGGAGAGGAAAUGAAGGAGGUUGAGAUGGAACUGGAGGAGAAGGAACAAGAGCAGCGGCGUAUGAGUCGUCGGUCUUCCGUGACUCCGCACUCGCUGGAGGCUGGUCGCGUUGGACGUCGCAAGUCCCGUUCGUCCGGCAACCGUCUCCCUUCGCCUCCGGAGAGCGUGUCGUCCUCGUCCUCGCGCGGAUCGUCUCCCUCCCGCAACCGCUGGGGCGACCUUCUCGUCGGCAUGAACAACCUCUUCUCGCUCCUGCUCAGCCCCGCCUGGGUUCAGACCUUUGUUAUGACCUUCCUGGGCGAGUGGGGUGACCGUAGUCAAAUUGCUACCAUUGCGAUGGCCGCUGGUCAGGAUUACUGGUGGGUGACUAUCGGUGCCAUCACUGGACACGGACUUUGCACUGCUGCGGCCGUCAUUGGCGGCAGUGCGAUUGCUGGCAAGGUCAGCAUGCGCGUUGUAACGCUGGGCGGUGCCACGGCAUUCUUGGUAUUCGGUGUCAUCUACAUGUUUGAGGCCAUCUACUAA